AUGACAGCACCCAACCCUGAGGGCACCAUCUCCUUUUCAUCAAUGGAAGACCCCUUCGUUUCGAAUGGCAGACGGCCGGCUCCACGCGACACCCCCCGAUAUUCUUCAUUCGAUACACAGCUAUUCAGCCUUAAUGCAUCUUCGCCAGCCCAAGCCAAACGGGCCCUUGAGGCUCAUCUGGCGGAAACAGAACGUCGAUUAGAGGAAGCCUCGAAGCUGGGUACGGCCCUCAUCGAGCAGCAGCAGCAGCUAUCGGAGCAGUUGAAGGAGGUCGAGCUACAGCAGGAUGAAGGGGAGAUGGGCCCAGAAUUGCGACGUAAACUCGCAGACCUGGAGAAGGAGUAUAAUGACAUUGGUCGUGAGUCGGCACGGGCAUCUUUGGCGCCCAAACGCCUGGCAGGUGGAGAGGAGGCCCAACUUGGAACGCCGUCUUUUGAUCAAAAGUCACCUCUAAGCCCAGCUUUGUUCGCCAGUCAAGCCACGAAUUCUCCUAGCAAAGUCAGUGUUCCGUCUCGAAAGCAGCGCAAUCAACAGUCAAAUCGUGUCCACGAUAUAGAAUUUGCGACUGAGAUCUCCACCUCCCUAUUGGCACAAGUCCGGCAGCUACAAGCUCUUCUCGCGGAACGAGAAGAGACGCUCAAGUCUGUUAAUCUUGAAAAGUCCCGACUUGAGUUGGAGGCCGAGGGAUAUGGGCAACGGAUCCGGGCACUUGAUGACAGCGAGCAGCGCUACAAAGAUGAGAAUUGGGCGUUGGAAACUCAAGCGCAUGAAUUGAUGGCGGCUGCUAGAGAAGCUGCAGAACGCGAGGGUCGACUCAAUACUUCUCUGACUGCCUCAACUUCGGAAAAGAACACCAUCGAGAGGGAGUUGGAGGAGCUGCGGCAGGCCAACUCAAGGCUGCUUGAGGACCAGAACUUGAUGCAAAAGGCUAACGACGCAGAAAUUCACCUUCUGCGCCGGAAUUUGAAUUCUGGCGAGCUGGAGAAAUCUGCUUUGCACAAGAAGCUCGCGGAAAUGACAUCGCAGAACCAAGAGCUUGCAAAGGCUGUUGCCAUGCGUCUACGACAGCACGAAACUCAAGGCAGUCGGGACAUUGCUUAUAACGAUGAUGGUGAUGAGCCAGAGCAAUUGACACCGGAAAGUUCUCCGCCUCCCUCCCCCAACAAGUUCACUCCUCGACAUGGCCACCUGGAAUCUGAAACUCUGAAGAGCUCGCUUGGUCACGCUCACCGCAUGAUCCAAAAUCUGAAGAGCACCAUUCAUCGUGAGAAGACCGAGAAGAUCGAACUUAAGCGCAUGCUACAGGAUGCCCGUGACGAGGUUGAGACACGUCGCCGUGAGUCCGCUGUACCAAAUGGGUCAACAAAGCGCCAGAAGACCAAGACGGAUUCCUCCCGAAAGCCUCCUCGGCCAGAUCUUCUGGGCGCCGGCCGCAAGGAGAAGUCCUUUGUUGAACUUCACGACACCGAUUGGGAAGAUAAUGCCGGUCAAGUCAGUCCUACUCAGAAGCCUGCCAUGACCAGAUCGAUGGGUCGUCCCGGUGCAGAAUCUCCCGAUGAGCCGAGUGACAUUUAUCAGACAGCCACUGAAGCUGAAGACGGGUUUGAGACUGCAAAUGAGCGCGCAACCGCAACCGAGAGUGAAGCGUUCCAAACCGGCGUGGAAAGCAUGGCGGAUGACAGCAGUGACUCGGCAGACCUUACUGAGACCGAGGGCAAUGUUCAAACCACUCCACGUAGCCGAGUUCCCUCUUCACUGAUGAUGUCCAAGACUCGCGAUCGCGAUUCGUAUCACAGCACGGCGUCCGCCUCGAGCGAUGACGAAGACUAUGAUUCAGGAUUCCCCUCCCCAAGUCAAAGACAUAUCACACGUCCCCGGGUCAAGUCUAAGCGAAGCAUGUCAAGGCGCAUUCGUCCAUCCGGAGAAGCACCAUUUGCCUCGACUAGUAGGCCCUCAAGCUCACGCGAAUCACCGGCACCUAUCUUUGAACAAACACCAGCAUCUCAAGAGGGCCAGAGCCUCUUUGCUGAACUUGCAGAGCUUGGAAGUGGUGACGAAGAUGAGCAAACUUCUCAGGCUUCCACGCCGCGCAUGGAAGCUACAGCAGGCUCACGUCGACCUUCUGAUGCUAUGUUGGACGCACCGCCUAAGCCUAUCAUGGUCGACUCUGGUAUGAUGACCGAGGCCUGGGAGCCUAUGCUUCCCAUCGGUGUCAAUGUUGCAGCUGAAACCGCUCUCUCAAGCACCCCCCAUCAACCAACAGCAGACCGAGGAAUCGCCGCGGACGCCCAAGCAACCCCAAGUCUGGUCAGUGCAGGAACACAAUGGACACCGCACAAGCCUUUGACUGAGGAUGGUGAUCAUUUGGCUAAUGUUCCUACGCCGCCGAAGAUGCUCUGGGAUGAGCGUUCAGUUCAAGGAGUAAACACGCAAGCUGAAUUGCCAGAAAUGGGAAUUGCGGACAUUUUAUCUGAGCAAACCACGCCUCAAGCCCCCAAACACCCUGAGCUGAGUGUUUCCUAUAUCAAUGGCGGCAUCACAGCUCCUGUGAAGCAUGAGUUCCCUGCCCCAGUGAUCCCAGAACUGAGUGUAUCUUCAGUUUCAUCCCAGACUACCAGUCCUGUUCUGGCCAAGCUCCACGUGUCUGAGCCGAUAAUCAAGCAUGUCGACGUCAUUAAGUACAUUGAACGCGAGCCAGAGGUACCUGAGCUGUCCUUCUCCUCAAUCACCACCCAGACCACGGCGCCUAUCAAUGCAACUCUUGCUGUACCUGAGCCCGUCAUCAAAUAUGUGGAUGUAAUUAAACACGUCGAGAAGGAGCGUGAGGUGCCCGAGUUGAGCUUCUCGUCUAUCGGUACUCAAUUGACUGUGCCCGUUGUGCCUGUUCAGGCGACUGUUCCUGAACCUGAGCCAGUGAUUAAGUACGUUGAUGUCAUUAAGCAUGUUGAGCGUGAGCGUGAGAUUCCCGAGUUGAGUUUCUCGUCUAUCAACACACAAUCUACAUCGCCCGUCAAGGCAACGCCAGCGGAGCCAGAACGUGUGGUCGAAUACGUCGAUGUUGUAAAGCAUGUUGAGCGUGAACCUGAGAUGCCCGACCUGACGUUCUCGUCCAUCACGACCCAGUCUACAUCGCCUGUUGAGGCUACACCUGCUAAGCCAGAGCGUAUUAUCGAAUACGUCGAUGUCAUCAAGCACGUUGAGGUUGAGCGUGAGCGUGAGUUGCCAGAACUGACGUUCUCCUCUGUCACAACCCAAGUUACAGCUCCCGUCAGCGCUACACCUGCCGAGCCAGAGCGUGUUAUUGAAUACGUCGAUGUCAUCAAGCAUGUUGAGGUUGAGCGUGAGCGUGAGCUGCCUGAACUGACGUUCUCCUCCAUCACAACUCAAGUUACAGCUCCCGUCAACGCUACACCUGCCGAGCCAGAGCGCGUUAUUGAAUAUGUUGAUGUCAUCAAGCAUGUGGAGCGUGAGCCUGAAGUGCCUCAAUUGACCUUCUCGUCUAUUACGACUCAAACAACCGCACCUAUACGAGCAACUAUCUCUCAACCGGAGCCUGUGAUCCAAUACGUCGAUGUCAUCAAGCACGUUGAGCGUGAGCGUGAAGUUCCCCGCUUGGCUUUCUCUACAAUCAAUGCAGAGUCUACCGCGCCUAUCAAGGUCACUGUUCCCGAACCAGUCAUCCCCGGUUUCACAAUUUCUUCCAUUGACCCGACCUACACGGAACCCACCGUUCCAAAGCCUCGGGCCAUUCCUGCACCGCCCGCCCUGUCCUUCUCUUCUGUGCGCUCCGUAGAAACUCAACCUAGGCAGUCUCUAUCACCUGUUAUGCCUAUGGUGGCACACCUGUCUACUCAAACUGAGCCAGCAGAAGACUCGAAGGCCGCGAUGCUUGUUCAUGAGGAUUCUCCAGAGACUACUCGCGACCUUGUGAAUACCAAUCACGAUGAAGAGCUUGCUGGUGCUGGGCUGGCUCUGAACGACAUCUCAGGCAAUGCUCUUGCUCGCUCCGCCAGGAGACAGUCUAGCUUUGUCACCAUGGAUCAUGGCGCGCAGACAAUCCUGUCUUCAAAGCAGAUCGACCAAAUUCUCAUGGAGCGUGGCUCUGUGCGCCCACAUACUUCAGACAGUCAACUCACAGGGCAAUCGAGGGAGUCUGCUGUGGUCGGCGCAGCCGCUGCAGCAUCUUUCGUGACACCCAAGCCUCAGUCUAGGCCUCGUCUUUCACAGAUUCAAUCUGUUAGGUCGACGCCCAGUUCUCGUCGGCCUCAGAGCGCUACAAGCCAGGCAUCUGGUCUCAGCGCUCACCCACCCCUACCUCACGAUCACAGAGAGGCAAUUUUGGCUGCCGAGAAGAAGUCUGUCGACGCAGCACCACCAUCACCCACCAGUGCCAUGGGACCUCCUUUGGCACCCGCCUCUGCCUAUCGCAUGAACACCCAGCGACCGCUCACGCCAAACGAACAGGCAACACGAUCUGGCUCUGCGAGAACCGUUUCAUCCCAGGCCAGAAUGAGGAGAGGCAGUCAGAGUCAGAUGUCGCGACGAUCCUCGGUUUCUUCCUUUGCUUCCGAGAUCGAGGAGCGUUUCAACAUGAACCCCCAUGCUGGUCCUAUGCCCCAGGGAUAUGGACCUAACACUGAUCCUCGCAUGAUUCAGGCCAUAACUCAGACCAUGAUCGGUGAAUUCCUUUGGAAAUACACUCGCAAGACCGGUUCGUCAGAAAUGUCUUCAACAAGGCACCGAAGAUAUUUCUGGGUCCACCCCUACACUCGUACACUGUAUUGGAGCACGCAUGACCCGCAAACCGCUGGAAAGAGCGAGCUUCGUACGAAGAGUGUGCCCAUCGAGGCAGUGCGAGUCGUCGCGGAUGAUAAUCCCUACCCACCAGGUCUCCACUGCAGGAGCUUGGAGGUUGUCAGCCCUGGCCGACGAGUUCGGUUCACAGCUACGACCAGCCAGAGACACGAGACUUGGUUCAACGCUUUGUCCUAUCUCCUUAUGAGGGAGACUGAUGACAACAAUGAAGACCACAACAGCGUGACUCUCGAUGACAUUGACGAGUUCAAUCCUAGCUUCCGAUCUAGUUCUCGCCAGGGAACAAGGAUGUCAUUCUCUUCUUACAACAGUCGCACCGCUCGUAACGGACCCAAGCAACGAGCAGCAUCGGCUAUGUCGAUGCGGUCUGGCGGAGGUCGAGCAUCCCCGGCGCUCAGUACACCGGCGCCAAACUCAUUGCAAGUCCCCGAUGACGCCCACCAACGCUCUUCAUCCCGGUUGAGCACGAUCUCCAGCUCAAUCCGUGGCUCAAUCGCGAGUAUGAAGGGACGGCACGGCGCUCAGUCGCCCAGCAUGCUUGAUGAAAGCAUCCGUGGCCAAGACAGCGUUGAUGACCUGAGACAUGCUCAUGACACACAUGACUUGGAUCGACUUGAAAAUGUCCGUGCUUGCUGUGAUGGCAAGCACGACGUGGGUUCUCUCUCACGUACUAGUCGGUACAGCCCGAGAGUCGAUCGCAUUCAAUCCCCCCACCCGCAUUGA